CUGGGCGGCGGUGGCGGCAGCUACUGCACAGUCUGUUGCUUAUCCGGCGGGUCGGGCUGCCGAGUGGUGCUGCGCACGGGCGGCUGAAGAUCUGGGUAUGAGCUUCCCAGCAGUCAGCCCUGGGCAGACGUCUGUCAGGCAGGCCACAGUGGGGAAGGCCACGUGGAGCUGGUGGUAGGGAGCGGGCCGUGCACCAGUCCUGCAGCUUCCGCAGAGGACUCAGCCUGGGCCAUGCAGACCCCACCGUCCCAUUCCGUAUCUUUUGCAGUAGAGUGACGUCCCCACCCUCUACUCCUUGACGUUUUAGGCCAGUCUCCUACCCGUGGAAGGGGCUGCUACAGCACUUACUGACGCGUCCCGAACCUUGAGAGUGGGUGUGCUCCACACAUCUGGGCAAGAGCACCCGACCAGAUGCACACCCCGCAGAGUGACCUCCUAGCGUGCUCGCCUGCCGCUGCCUGCCGUUUCCAAGGAUCUGUACCGUGUGCUCUGAACCACGGUUUCUUCCCGGUCCUGAGCAGGCCAGGAGACGCGAGGGUGCUGGGGGAGGUCACAUUCCUGGGGGCAGAAGCCGGAGACAAGGUCAGAGGCAAGAAGCAGAGGUCCACCCCUGCUCUCAGCUCCAGCUCGCAGUGAUGGCCCCGCCCGGGGACCCGCGGCGUCUCUGUAAGUUGGUGCAGGAUGGCAGGCUGCAGGCCUUGCAGGAGGAGUUGCCAGUGGCGAGAGGCUUCCAGGGGCCGGCCGGUGACACCCUGCUGCACUGUGCCGCCCGCCACGGGCAUCUGGACAUCCUGACCUAUUUGACCGAAGCCUGGGGCAUGGACAUCGAGGCAACCAACCAAGACUACAAGCGGCCUCUGCACGAGGCUGCCUCCAUGGGUCACCGGGACUGUGUACGCUACCUGCUGGGCCGAGGGGCAGCUGUCGACUGUCUGAAGAAGGCCGACUGGACUCCUCUGAUGAUGGCUUGCACAAGGAAGAAUCUCGGGGUGAUCCAGGACCUUGUGGAACACGGUGCCAACCCACUGCUGAAAAACAAAGAUGGCUGGAACAGUUUCCACAUUGCCAGCCGAGCAGGCGACUCUCUGAUCCUCCAGUACUUGCUCUCGGUGUGCCCAGAUGUCUGGAAGACAGAGAGCAAGAUUAGAAGAACUCCUCUGCACACGGCAGCAAUGCAUGGCUGUUUAGAUGCAGUAAAGCUGCUUCUUAAGAGGUGCCAGUAUGAACCAAACAGCAAAGACAAGUGUGGCAUCACCCCGUUUAUGGAUGCAAUCCAGUGUGGCCACAUCGAUAUAGCAAAGCUGCUUCUUGAAAAACAUGAGGCUUGUGUCUCGGCUGAGGAUAGCCUGGGGGCCCAGGCUCUGCACAGGGCAGCAGUCACUGGGCAGGAUGAAGCCAUCCGGUUCUUGGUGUCUGAUCUUGGCAUUGAUGUAGAUGUGAAAGCAGCAUCAACCCACCUCACAGCACUUCAUUAUGCUGCCAAGGAAGGACAUGUUAAUACAAUUCAGACUCUCCUAUCCUUGGGCGCCGACAUCAAUGCCAAAGAUGUAAGAAAUCGAUCAGCCCUGCAUCUGGCCUGCGCAGGGCAGCACUUGGCCUGCACUGAGUUUCUGCUGCAGUCUGGGCUGAAGGACUCUGCAGAUGUUACAGGCACCCUGGCUCAGCAGCUCACAGAGAGAGCGGACUCACCACAGAGCUUUGCUCACCGUGCAAUGACAUGAGGAUGUUUCCAAAAAGAGGCAAUAAAGUGUAUGGUAAUU